UAAGCACGGUUAGCAGAGAAGUCCUCUUCCUUCAUCUUCUUUCUUCCCUCCUUUUUCUCUUACUUCAUUCCAUUUCUCCAAUCACAAUCCCUUUUCUCAUUCUUUUUUUAAUUCCUCUACUUCCCCCUUUUCUAUUUUUAACUUUUUUCAUAUCCUUAAAAACAAUAUCGUUACUUACUACUAAUUUAUCCCUAUAUUCUCGAUUUUGCCCCUCACCUCCUCCAUUACCAUUCUGGUACCUCUGUUUCAUUCAUUUGUCACAUUAUAUACGCACAUAAAUCUCACCAACAAGGGUCUUUGAGUUUCUUCUUCAUUUUCUAUAUAAAUAUAUACUGAAAUCUUUGUCUCUCUGCAAGAGACAAUUCCUCUGCUUAAGACUGUUUGUUUUGUAUAGGUUGUUCAGUGAGUUUUAGUUCUAGAGAGAAUUAAAGAUGCCGGGAAUUGUUACAAAUGGAGUUCAUGAAGAUGGGGAGACUAAUGAGAUGAAUGGGAAUCAGUCACCCUCAAAGGAAAACUUGACUUCUGUCAAGUCUCCAAGGAGUUCCCGAAGUCCUCCAAGACAUGAAAGUUCCAGUCAGCAUCAUCCUGCUGAUCGGGUGGUUGAGGUUGAGCCCUCGAUCGAGCAGCUUUAUGAAAAUGUUUGUGACAUGCAGAGUUCGGAUCAAUCGCCAUCAAGACGAAGUUUUGGAUCUGAUGCCGAUGAGUCUAGAAUUGAUUCGGAGUUGCACCAUUUAGUUGGUGGAAGGAUGAGGGAAGUGGAGAUAAUGGAGGAGGAAGUGGAAGAGGAAGUGGAAAAGGAAAAGAGGCAGCGAGAUAAUUCUAGUGGUGAAAUGCCUUCUAGAGCCAGUAGUGUAUCCAAUGAUAAGAAAUUGGAUGUGAAUCCUGAGAUCCAAUCUGCAACACCAAGUUCUGUUUCUUCAGAAAAAUCAGUCAAAACAUCAAACCCGCCAUUGGGUGCUGAAGCUUCACAAAAAUCAAGACCCAAGGGAAAAAGUAUGGCAAAAUCUCCUGCAAAGUCUCCUGCAAAAUCUCCCGCCAAACCUCCUGCCAAACCUCCUGCUAGCCCUAAACCAGUUAGAGGAGUUACUGGGGUGAAGAAAGCGAAGAAUUCUCCGCUGAAAAAGUUGGUUUCGAAUAGCCAAUCUGAGUCAGCUCAGUCGGUGCUAGUUAAUCCAGAGAGGGCACCAAUAUUGCUGAAGCAAGCAAGAAAUCUGAUUUCGUCUGGGGAUAAUCCAGAGAAAGCUCUUGAAUUAGCUCUACAAGCACUGAGACUGUUCGAGAAUUUCAGUGAUGAGAAACCGAGUUUGGAGUUGGUAAUGUGUUUACAUGUUACGGCAGCAAUAUACUGCAACUUGGGUCAAUAUAAUGAGGCAAUUCCAAUGCUUGAGCGCUCAAUUGAGAUUCCUGUUAUCGACGAAGGUCAAGAGCAUGCUCUUGCUAAAUUUGCCGGUUACAUGCAGCUAGGUGACACCUAUGCUAUGCUGGGUCAGCUUGAAAAUUCAAUUAUGUGUUACACAACAGGUUUUGAAAUCCAGAGACAGGUUCUUGGGGAAACAGACCCAAGAGUUGGUGAAACUUGUCGGUAUGUGGCGGAAGCUAAUGUGCAAGCAGUGCAAUUUGAUGAAGCUGAAAGGCUAUGCCAAAUGGCUCUUGACAUACAUAAAGCAAAUAGUUCGGCCCCAUCUCUUGAAGAGGCUGCUGAUAGGCGGCUCAUGGCCCUUAUAUGUGAAACAAAGGGAAACCACGAAGCGGCUCUUGAGCAUCUUGUUUUAGCCAGCAUGGCAAUGGCAGCAAAUGGCCAAGAAGUAGAUGUAGCAGCUGUUGACUGCAGUGUUGGAGACACAUACUUAUCCUUGUCACGAUACGACGAGGCUGUUUGUUCUUAUCAAAAAGCGUUAACAAUUUUCAAGACCUACAAAGGAGAGAAUCAUCCAGCUGUGGGAACAGUCUUUGUGCGCUUGGCAGAUUUGUACAACAGGACAGGAAAGUUAAGGGAAUCAAAAUCAUAUUGUGAGAGUGCACUCAAGAUAUACGAGAAUCCAAUGGCUGGAGUUCCUCCAGAGGAGAUUGCUAGUGGUUUUACAAAUGUUUCAACUAUCUAUGAGUCGAUGAAUGAGCCCGAGCAGGCACUCAAGCUACUGAGGAAGGCACUGGAGAUAUACAAUGACACCCCCGGUCAACAAAGUACAAUUGCAGGGAUUGAAGCUCAAAUUGGGGUAAUGCACUACAUGAUGGGGAACUAUGCCGAGUCUUACAGUACUUUUAAGAAUGCUAUCUCCAAGUUCCGUGCUAUUGGAGAGAAGAGAUCAGCAUUCUUCGGCAUUGUCCUUAAUCAAAUGGGACUUGCUUGUGUGCAGCGGUAUGCCUUAAGCGAGGCUACAACUUUAUUUGAAGAAGCAAAGGAUAUUUUGGAGCAUGAGUAUGGACCAUAUCAUCCUGACACUCUUGGGGUAUAUAGUAAUCUUGCUGGAACGUAUGAUGCAGUUGGCAGGCUGGAGGAUGCAAUUCAGCUUCUGGAAUAUGUUGUUGGUAUGAGGGAGGAAAAACUCGGCACAGCGAACCCCGAUGUCGACGAAGAGAAGAGAAGGUUGAAUGAGCUAUUGAAGGAAGCAGGUAGAGUUCGCAGCACAAAAGCCAGGUCACUUGAGACUCUUCUUGAGGCCAAUCCUCCUCCUUCUGUAAACAACCUUGUCAUCAACGCCUGAGGGUCGUUGAAACUGAUCAAUAUAACUUUUCAAGAGCUCUUAUGCCAAAGUAGUGUUUAGUAUAUUAGGUAAUUUGAAUGAUUGCAUAGUGUUCAUAAUUGAUGAGGAAAAAUGGAAAAGUUGGAGAGUGUAAUAAUUUAUAUCCAGAUGUUAUAUUUGUAUCAUAUGAUGUAAGUAAAAGUGUAUACGGGAUAUGCCCGAAAUUUGUGUAUACAAUAUUUUUGUGUUUUCCCCUUCCUCUCUGUUAAAUAAUGACGGAAGAGUGGAAGACUCUUGUUUGAUUGAGACUCUACAAGUCUACAUUCAUUGCCGCUAUGGCUACAAUUGACAA